GGGCGUGGCCUCGGCGGUGGCGGCCCCGCCCCCCGCAGUCCGGAACCCGCGCGCUCACUGCCGGAGGUGGCGGAGAUUCGCCCGCUUCUGUGCGCGUCCAUGGCCGCCGCGCUGCUCGCCCGGGCCUGCGGCCCCGUCCGCGGAGCUCUCCAUACUCGGGUCUGGCGGAGGUUGCACACUAUCUACCAGUCUGUGGAACUGCCUGAGACACACCAGAUGUUGCGGCAGACGUGCCGGGACUUUGCUGAGAAGGAGCUGUUUCCCAUUGCAGCCCAGGUGGACAAGGAACACCUUUUUCCGGCUGCUCAGGUGAAGAAGAUGGGUGAGCUGGGACUUCUGGCCAUGGACGUGCCCGAGGAGCUGGGUGGUGCCGGCCUCGACUACCUGGCCUAUUCCAUCGCCAUGGAGGAGAUCAGCCGCGGCUGUGCCUCCACCGGAGUCAUCAUGAGCGUCAACAAUCCUCUGGACUUUGUCCUGUGGAGUGGACCUCUGGAGACCGCAGGCCACUGGGAGGCCUCUGACCGCUGCCUGCUGUCCUCCCAGUCUCUCUACUUGGGGCCCAUCAUGAAGUUUGGCUCUGCGGAGCAGAAGUGGCAGUGGGUCACACCUUUCACCAGUGGUGACAAAGUUGGCUGCUUUGCCCUCAGCGAACCAGGGAACGGCAGCGAUGCCGGAGCCGCCUCCACCACAGCCCGGGCCGAGGGCGACUCGUGGGUCCUGAAUGGCACCAAAGCCUGGAUCACCAAUUCCUGGGAGGCCGCAGCCACCGUGGUCUUUGCCAGCACAGACAGAUCACUGAAGAACAAGGGCAUCAGUGCCUUCCUGGUUCCCAUGCCAACUCCUGGACUCACGUUGGGGAAGAAGGAGGACAAGCUGGGCAUCCGGGCCUCAUCCACGGCCAACCUCAUCUUUGAGGACUGUCGCAUCCCCAAAGAGAAUCUAUUGGGGGAGCCAGGGAUGGGCUUCAAGAUAGCCAUGCAAACCCUGGACAUGGGCCGCAUCGGAAUUGCCUCCCAGGCCCUGGGCAUUGCCCAGGCCGCCCUCGACUGUGCUGUGAACUAUGCUGAGAACCGCCAGGCCUUCGGGGCGCCCCUCACCAAGCUCCAGGGCAUCCAGUUCAAGCUGGCAGACAUGGCCAUGGCCCUGGAGAGUGCCCGGCUGCUGACCUGGCGCGCUGCCAUGUUGAAAGAUAAUAAGAAGCCCUUCACCAAGGAGGCGGCCAUGGCCAAGCUGGCUGCAUCGGAGGCCGCUACAGCCAUCAGCCACCAGGCCAUCCAGAUCUUGGGCGGCAUGGGGUACGUGACAGAGAUGCCCGCUGAGCGCCACUACCGUGACGCCCGCAUCACUGAGAUCUAUGAAGGCACCAGUGAGAUCCAGAGGCUGGUGAUUGCUGGGCACCUGCUCCGCAGCUACCGGAGUUGAGCCUCUGAGGGACCAGUGCCCAGCUGGCAGCGCCACGUGCCUCACCUUGACUCCAGGCAGACCGUGGGCGGGCACCUGCCUCUGCAGGCUCCCCGGCUCCCUGCUCCACAGAUCAAAGUAAAUCUCAGGGAGAGGACAGGCCAGCUGCCGUGGCCUGUGUCUGAGGACACGUCCAUCAUCAGCAUGGAUCCUGGGUCCUGAUGCCCCUUCUGACCGACUGUGCCUCAUUUUAUAACCCUGAGUGGCCAUGGCCUCCUGCAGGCAGGACCUUGGGGAGGGCUAAAUGACACAGUGGCACCCCAGUGCCGUCCUGUGGACCCUGUACCUGGGCAUGGAGACUCAGGAGGGACAGGCUCUCCCCAGGGUCAGGGCCCAGGAGGAGCAGGUGGGUGCCUUAGCAGCUGUGGUCAGGCCCUGGGGUCCCUGGCUGGGAAGGACUGCAGGGCUGGGUUAUGGAGCCGCCUCAGGUCCGGGUGGGUACAGUGUGUAGCCUUCUGGUCGUGUGGGGACUGACUGCUAAUAAAGCCUACCUGUGCCUUC